AGGCUAUUCCAAAAAGAACACAGUUUUAAUUUUUUUAAUGUGACAGCAGUGAUGUUUCAAAUUUUGAAAUCACUUCACACCGGUAAAUUAGAUUUCUUUGUUACCAUUUCAAAAAUUUAAUGAAAACAAAAUUAAUUACACUUUAUUUGAAACGUUAGUGUUAGUGGUCGUCAAAAUCACGUAAUUUUGCAUAAAUUACAACGAUUUAAUUCCUUUAAAUCGAAGUCGGUUUUCGUCGACAGAAAUCUGUAAUUUUCGAUCUUUCGCACAACUCAUUCCAAACCAAUCAAUUCUGCCACUUAAUCACACUUAAAUUGAAACAUCCUUGUGCUAGUGGUCGUAAAAGCCGUGAAAAUUUCGUGUAUUUGCCUCAAAACGCUUUGUUUUCUCCAAAUCGGGGCCGAUUUCGCUCUUGUGCACAUUCGACCGCGGCCCGUUGGCGUUUAUUUGCGAUUGGGUUAUGGUUGAAUUUUUUGACCCAUUUCGAUUUUCAACGUUUUAUUAGUGAUGUGUGCCUCAAAAUGGGCGAAAACCAGCAAAGCCGUUUCGAGAAAUCGCUAGGUUUGUUGACUACAAAGUUCGUAAACUUGUUACAAAAGUCAACUGGUGGCGUUUUGGACCUAAAAGUGGCGGCUGAUUUGCUGGCAGUGAGGCAAAAACGGCGCAUUUACGACAUCACGAACGUCCUCGAAGGCAUCGGCUUGAUAGAAAAGAAGAGCAAAAAUAGCAUUCAAUGGAAGCCCUACACGUACAAGGACGCGCUCCCGGGGUGCAACACGCAGGAAUUCGCCCUCAAAGUCACCAAUUUGAAGAAAGAACUCGCGAAACUCGACGAGUUUGAGCAAGAAUUGGACAAACACAAGCAGUGGAUUGAGCAAAGCAUCAAAAACACCACUGAAGACAUCCAAACGAAGCGCUACUUGUACGUGAACAACGAGGAUUUGUCCAAAGUCUUCGUGGGGGACGCUGAGACGGUCAUUGUGUUGAAUGCCCCCACGGAUGUCACCACUGUGGGGUACCAGAAAAACGCCAACAAUUCCAAUUUCCUCAAAGUCCAGUCGAGGGGGAGUCCCAUUAUCGCCAACAUUUUGACUCUGGCCCCCGAGCCCGAGAUUCGGAUUCAAAGGAAGCGCCCCAAGGCCUGUGUUAACGCAGAAACUGAGGAGCCUCAGCCCAAGAAAAGCCACUAUGAUGAGGACAUGCAUGGGGAUUUGAUAGCAGCGGAGAUUCUUUUUAGGAAAAUUUCGAGUGAUAUUGGGAAAGAGAGCACUGAUUGUGACGAUUUACUAUCAGAGAAAGGGUUGUACCCACUGAUUGACUUGAGCCCCUUGGGUUAUAACCAGGAUUACGCUUUUGGGCUGCUGGAGGAGGAGGGGAUUAGUGACCUGUUCGAUGUCGCUUCUAUUCCUGUACAGUAGCAUAAAUUCUUUAUAAUUUGCGAUUAAUCUACAUUUAAUAAAUUCCUUUUUUCUA